GCCUGCCAGGCGGAGGCUUCCGCCCAGCAGUGAGUCCGGUGACGUCAACGGCACUAAUGGGCGUUCAGUGACGUCUCAGAGCCGGAGACGUCACUGAACACACUGCUGGGCGCAUCCAGCGCAGGGCAAGGGAGCACAUCGGAGCAUGAAAUACUCCGAUGUUAACAUCAGGGGAGCUGCCUUGGUGAAAUUAUGGGUAUGUCCACCUUUAAGCCUCAUUUGCACAUCAGUGUUCCACGAACAUGUGCUUUACAUGUUCUCCAGACAGUACACGUCCCCAUUCAUUUCAAUGUGUGUAUUCACACAUCAGUGAUUUAGCACGGUUGCAUGUGCUAUUUUGUCCGUGUUCCCGGAUCUAUCACAUCCAUUAUAGUCUAUGGGUCUGUGAAAACCAUGGAUGCCAUUAAUUUUGCAUCCGUGUUUCAUGGAUCAUUAGGAAGAGAUGCUUUGAAAAAUAUUAACUUAUAUCAACUAUGCAGAGUCAGUGAAACAUGGAUGGCACGUGGACAGCAAAAAACGGACACACGGACCACACUCGAAUGCAUCACUGGUCACCUUCCCACAGAUUUGAGCAUGGAUGUGUAAAUGAGGUUUUACUGGAGGAGUCUGGCAGUCAACAUUGGGUAUCCGCUGAUCCACACAUGUAUGUUUAUGACAGAGUCAGGGGGAUAGUCAUUAACCAACAGCAAUCUUCAGGUAUGUUCAGAUAGCAGAUUUUUUUCCCAUCUGAAUAAUCCGCUGCCGAAAUUUGAGGCUGACCCUUGGAUUUCUGCUGUAGAUUUUCAAUAGUACAUGUUGUGGAUCUGCCCAUGGAGUUAGUCCCUUUCAGUUGAGUAGUGGCCACCUGCUGCAAAAAGAAUGGACACGUCCAUACUUGUUUUUCUAAAUCUCAUCGUAUAAACUAAGACAUGGAUUCCCACUGACAAACAACCAAAGGUGGAAUACACAUGGAUCUCCAUUGGCUUGGGAUGCUGACCAUAUCUGGCCUCAUUGAAGCUGUACAACAGAAGCUUGCAUUCCAGGCUCAUAGUUUUUGAAAUCUUUCAUUGUUCAUAUAUAUUUUUUCUCUUCUUUGAUAUGUUGCACUUGCCAUUUUGCUGAGUGACUGAACGUCUGGUAUCUGACCAAAGGAAUUUUACUUUCCCAAGUGAGGCAGGCUUUGGGACCGUUUACACAUGGCACUAUUUGUGUGUACAAACCAAGAGCGGUCGGCACGAUGCGGUGGGCAGGAUGCCUCCUGCUAAUUCAGGCAUAUAUAGUGACCACUGGGACUGCUACUGAUCCCCAUAAGCUGAGGUCGGGAAGAGCAGUGUUCUUGGAAGAUGAAGAUGCAAAUUCCUUCAUUACCCGCAAGCUGCGCUACAACAGUUGGGAUUUUGAGAUGUUUACUCAGGGUAACCUGGAGCGAGAAUGUUACGAGGAAGUGUGUAACUACGAGGAGGCACGGGAGUGCUUUGAAGACGAUGAUAAAACAAAAAACUUUUGGAAAAGCUAUGCACACAAUGGACAGGGAGGGAGCUCGGGAAACUCCCCUGCUUUAGAUAUUGCCGGACUGGUUGCAGGACUGGUGGGAGGGUUCGUAUUGCUAGUAAUGAUAGGCGUUCUUAUCAUGUACUGUGUGCGAUACAGAGCCAAGGAGCGGGCAAGACAUGGGAGGCCUCCCGUACACCUCACUAGUAAUACUCCGCUUCCUGAAGCACUUCCUCUGAACCAACCGCCAUUACCUGAUCCCACCGCCCCAGGGCUGCCAUCCUAUGAAGAGGCAUUGGAGGCAUCGGGCACAUAUGAUGCUCCCCCUCCACCUUAUCACAGAGGUUCAGCCAGAUCAAAUCAACCCAGCUGAGGUUUCAGAGUCAACAUGAUGCCUUAUUUUUUUGUCUCUGUAUGAAUGGUGUGUGAUUUCAGAGGAGGACUUUUUUUGGGGGAGCAAAAUACUUUAUCCAGGGAUUUUAUUAACACUACUGAAAUAAACCGUUACCAAAGAGAAGACCACUGAACCGGCAUGGAGGAUUUUAUUAAUGUUUACGCUCUACUGGAAGAGAUCGCUUUGUUCAGACCCCAGGACAUGGUCGCGGUAGCUGAUGUUGUAAUUAACUAUGAGCUUGUUAUCCAUUUCCCAGACACAGGACUGCUCUGCAGAAGCUGAUUUACUAGAAGACGAGAAUUGGUGUAAUUCUGUCCCUCUCUUUGAACUGGAAUAUUCUGUGUAAUCAAUGAAAAUGUAAAAUUACAGGGAUGUUCUAUGAGGGAAGACUCUUCAGUAAUGCUGACCAAAAAUGCUAUGAAAAUUCACAUUUUCCAGCAGGGAUUUUUUGUGCCUGGUUGCUUACCAUUUAGUUCAGAUCCACUGGAUAUUUUAAGGGUAAUUGCUAUGACUACACAACAAUAUCCAACAGUGCUACAGACUCCUGAGGAAAUUCCAUUCAGUCCGUGACAACGUGACUUCACAAGUCAUUCUCCGUCUCUGGAAGGCAUCGGUUCUUUCUCCUCUAAGGCCUUACAGUUUACACUCAAGGCAAUGCAAUGUCAGCCACGUCACCAGAAAGAGGGAUUUAAGACUUGAUAAAAAAAAAAACAUGCUGUGAAUACCUAUUGGGCGGCGGGAUGAGUACACCGAGGCACCGCUCACUUGGGCUUUUUAAAUAUAUAAAAGAACAGUUGACAAGAUGGGAUCUCUUCAACUUACGUGGAGCAGAUAUUUUACUUGGGUUCAGAUUUGCAAUGAUAUACUGUAGUUCUAUAUGUUUUUUUUCCCGCAGAAAUAUUGGUAUGAGUAAGUUACUCCAUUCCUGAAAGGCAUAGUAAGAUGGGUUGUGUGUUUCAGUGGAGGCUGCCAUUUUGUUGACUGAAACUACAUGGGACGCCUUAGGCAACAAUGGCUGCCUCCAGAGUUCUAUUAAGUUAUAACCCACAAUGUCAGGUUUGUUCCAUUACACAAGUGUUUCUGCCGGGGGUGAACAUGAUAUCCUUACUGGGCAGGGCAGGAGACCCACCGUUUUACGGACUGUUUCAUAGGCUGACGAUGUAUCGGCACAGUCAUGUGACACAGACUACAGGGUGGUGAUUGGUCUCUGGAUCUUGCUUUCAUAUGCCACUGAGUGCCUUUCUUAAUUGUGGCAUGUGGAGGGGAGGCUUUUGGAGAUCAAAAAUAUGAACAGAAUUUUUUUUUUUUUCCUUCUUGGAUUAGAAACACAUUUCACUGAAAAGUUGCCUUAAUUAAAUUUGUAUUUUUAAAUAAAGAUAAUUUGUUAAGAAGG